CGUUGCGUUUUACAGACCUCUUUUUGCUGCUUUUUAUGGCUGUGUGUCUGUGUAGUUUAGCAGAAAUAUGCAUACAUGCAUUUGUGUGAUAUGCUUUAACACAGAAAGUCAGAGUAAUAGGAAUAUGUAGUGUGCGUAAAAAUUGUGUGAUGAUAAAUAGGCAGGCAGGAAGACAUAUAUAGAUAGGUAUAGGUUGAGUUACAGAAUAAGACAUGUAGACUUUUGUUUACACUAUUUACAUUUUUAUUUUUUUUAGACUGAAGAUUGUUUUGCUCUGUGGCUUCACAGAUGUUGUCAAAUAGAGUCCCAAGCAUUUGCAGAACUACAGCCCGUGAGUCUUAACCAGCUAUUUACUACACUGCAAAUCACAUGAGCUUGUGGCUAUGUAGACGUGCACGUGACUUAUUGCUCUUUUUAGAGUGCAGCAGUUCAUUUGCAUGUAAUGAACAAAUGUACAUCACACAACAGAGAAGGGAAAUCAUUAAAAAAUCUAUUCUGUUUCAUGAUCUCUUUUAGUGCAUAACUAUUAGCACAACUAUCUGACUUUCUGUGCUCAGAUAUGCUCCUAUUAACCUUCCCCUAAAUAGUUUUAGAGAAAGCAUUGCUUUGAAAUGCUGCAAAUCUUUUUUACCACCAUUUGUUAUAUUUAUGUUUUUACUUCCUAAACAGAAACUGUUUAAAAAUAAAAUUUUCACAGAGAUGUGAUGCACUAGGUGUAGGGGUAACACAAUAAAGUUAUGUAAGAUAUUUAUAUUGGAUCCAAGAGAUAGAAAAGUGGUUAUGUUAACACCCUUAAUGCCAUCAGAACUGGGUAUGAUAGAAAGGAAAUUGUCCGAUCCCUAAUAUCUUUCACUUGUCUCUUUCGUUCACCAGUCCAACUCUGAAGCUCUAUUAAAGUUCCUUACCCAGUUUAAUGCAGCAUGGAAAGUAUCAGCCCUCCCAUAAUAUUUGAUUUCAGCAUGGGCAGCAGCGGAGUCAUGGUGACCCCUGGGAAAAAGCCAGCGGGUGAAACAUCCAACUCCAAUAAAAAAUGUAAGCGGUAUUUCAAUGAACAUUGGAAGGAGGAGUUUACUUGGCUGGAGUUCGACUAUGAACGCAAGUUGAUGUUUUGUAUUGAGUGUCGCCAGGCUCUGGUGAAAAACAAGCAUGGCAAGGCUGAGAAUGCCUUUACUGUGGGCACAGAUAACUUUCAACGUCAUGCACUUCUGCGCCACGUGACCUCUGGUGCCCACAAACAGGCUCUUGCUGUCAACAGUGAGCAGAUGGCUAUGGAAUUAAAAUUUCAUCAAGAGAUGAAGUCGGUUAUUAAAGCUGAGAUGAAUCCGUCCAAGAUAGCUAUCCUAACCACUGUCUAUUCCAUGGCCAAGGAUGGUAUCUCAAAUGGCAAGCUGUCUUCUCUGCUGGAGCUGCAAAAGUUCAAUCUUUGCGAAGCUUUGUUGUCCUCUGAACAAAAUGAAUAUUACCACCCAAGCAGUGUGAGAGAGAUGCAGGCAGCAAUUGUUAAAGUUCUACAUAAUGAAGAUCGUCGGAGAUUGAAAGAAUCCCCAUUUAUUGGACUUGUAAUCGAUGAGACUGUGGACAUCACAGAACACCGAAACCUUGUUGUAUUCACUACAUCAAUCUCUUCUUGUGAAGGGCAUCUCUGCAUUACAUUCCUAGGCAGGUUUGAAUUGUCCUCUGGGGAUGCUAACUCUAUUACAGAAAAAUUGUUGGAAAUAUUGGAUGAAUUUCAUGUCCCAGCGAAAAAGGUUAUUUGGCUCAGUUCAGAUGGUUCCUCCAUGAUGACAGACAAACUAAAUGGUGUUGGGGAGAAAUUAAGAUCUGUCUACCCACUAAUAACACUAUUUCAUAGUAUCUUACAUAGGCGGUCAUUACUUCCAGCUGAGAGUUUCAUCAGCAUUGAGUAUGCAAAGAAAUAUGAAAGUAUAAUGGAUGCAGUGUAUAGAUUGUAUGGCAAUAAGAAUGGAGAGAAUCAUAUCUUUCAAGAGUUGCAAAAUGUUCUUAACUUCUGCGGCAUUGACUUCAAUAGUCCAGAUGCUGUCCACUGGAUCUCUAUUUUGUCAGCUGUUGAAACCAUUGACUCCUCAUGGCCUACUCUUGUUCUUUUGCUUGAAAGUGAAUCAUCAAAAUCUCCUAUAGCUAAUGGAUUGUGUGUAGAGUUGAAAAAGUUCUGGUUUGUGGCAUUUACAAAGGUUCUGCUGGAUAUCCUCCCUAUCUUCCAAAAACUCAGUCAGUUCUUCCAGAUUGAUGAUCUGGAUAUAUCCAUGGUUAAUCCAAUUGUCUCAGCAUCUCUGGCCACAAUUCAGGCACAAAAGUCCACAAGUGGACAGAAUUUUCAAGAAUUCCUUAAUGAGCUGAAUGAACAUCCAGAUGAAGAUAAUGAGAGCAGGUUCUAUUACAAAGGUGUGGAGCUGGCUGACUGUUCCAAAUCUCAACUAAAGAGUUUUGAACUCCUGAAGGAGGCUUGUCUUGAAAAUAUUUGCAGAAGCCUUCAGGAUCGGUUUCCCAGUAAUGUCCUUAAGGUGAUAAGCUCCUUUUCUGUUAUUUUCAACCCAAAAUGUUACUCUUCAUCGUUGGAUGAUAUAGGUUCAUAUGGUGAGGAGGAAUUGCGUCACCUCUUGCAAUGCUUUUCUCAAGUACUCAAUGCAGAUCGAGCCUCAAAUGACUUUGCACUCUUUAAACGCAUUGUGUUUAGCCUUAGCCAUCUAACUUUUAGGGAUAUCUGCAUUAAGCUGGUUCACACCAACUCUGAAAUGCAUGAACUCUUCCCUGACUUUACAGUUUUAGCUGCUGUUGCUUUGAUCCUUCCUCUAGGCUCAGUACUUUUUGAAAAAAUCAAUCAUGCAGAGGAGCUUUGGAAACAUAGCCGACGGGAAGGGAAAAUGGAAGGGGAACUAUGUGACAUCCUAAAAAUCAGCAUUGAUGGGCCAGCACUUAAUGAGCUAGACUUUGCAAGAGCUAUUGACUACUUUGAAAAUACGAGACAACCAGAACCCUUUGCCUCUGAAGACAAGUGGGAUACUGAAUGCACAUAAGCGAUUAUUCACUAUGAAGUUAAAUACCACUGUUGCAGCAAAUACAGGGUGAUUUGUGUAAAAGCAUUUUGUGCUAUGAGGUUUUGCAAGUGCAGUGGAACAAAAUCUCUCUAUUAAUGAGAGAUUUAUAAAAUUGCUAUAAAAAAAAUAAAAUAAAAAAUAAAUGCAUAUAUAAAUAUAUAUUUUUUUUAUUAAUCUGAAAAUCCAUAUUUUAAUGUUACAUCUGUGGAAAUUCUUAGAUGCAUUAGAGCUAAGAUGAUUGUUCUGCAGUUCACCUUUUUAGCACUUGAAUUAGAAUUUAAUUACUUAGUAAUAACGGCUAUUUUGGCUUGGAGUGGUAGAAAUUUUAACCAUUGAUAUCACAGAAUGUAGACAAAUUAUUACAGAUAUGGCACAUAAGACCACAUGUUAGUGACAAGUGCAAAACAUAUUUUUAAAUGUAAUAAUAUUGUGAAUAUUAUAACUAACAAUUGAUUGGAAAAUGUUCCACAAGUUCUGAUUUUAUGAUCAUUGGGGAAAUCAGGUCUACUGUUUGUAGCACAAAGCAGAACUGAUAAUCUGGAGUUCUAUAACUAUGUACAUAUAUACAUACCACAUCCAUCAAAUUUAUGCCACAAAUACUUUUCUAGCAUUAGCAUUAGCAAUUUUUUUAUUUUUGGGGGGUAUUUUUAUUUGGAUAAAUAAAUCCAUUCCAGUAUUGAAAAUAAUCUGAGUUCUUUUAAAGGUUCAUAUAUCAUCAAAGCAAAUGUAGCCAUUUAAAAAAAAAAAAAAAGAAAUCUAAAUUAGUUUUAAAAUAAUAGAUCAUUUGUAUGAUUAUCUAACAGAAAUCUGGAAAAACUUUUCAGAGAUCACCGCAGCUAAAGCCUUUCUAAAACAACACAUACAAUUAAAACUUGAGUUGUGAUGUAUGGAUUCAAACAAUAUCAGUACACAGUAUGAUUAGGGUUGGAGAAAAAUAAAAGAGGUAAUGGACACCAACUAUCCACAGGGUCAUAAGUAUUUUGUAUAAGGAUCUAUGUCCAUUGCUUAAGGCAUCUGCAAAAAUGCAGUUCUUACGUCUGCAACAUAAUACCUGUUUACAUUUGCAUGGGAUUCUUGUGGAAACAUGACUAUAACAGUGUAUAACAGUGUUUUUUGUAUAUGAACCAGAGAGUGAGAAAUAAUCAAAAACAGACAAAAAAACAGACUUGUAAAUGCUACUGGCAGGGGUAGCAAUAAGACACGGAGAAUAAGAAUGAAUGUAAACAAUAUGUGCCAUUUUGUUUAAAAAUGCUUCAGACUUGAUGAUAAAAAGGGAUGAUCUCCUCAAAGCUUGUUAUUCCACAAUUAUGUUAGUCCAAUAAAACCGGUAUUAAACAAUA